CAAACGCACUCGUCGCAGCCUGACCCUCGUCGUAUCCGCCCUCUAAGGUCACCAUCAUUCUCAGCAUAAGCCGCAGCUGCUCCUCUUCAAGCGCCACAGCCAAGCAUUGGGGACUGCGGCUCCACACGCCCGAGUCAGAAUGGAUACCCUCGCCACCCUGUCGAGUAGCGUCGCAUCUGCCUCUACCUCUGCCCUUGCUUCACCAUCAGCAACUCCUUCGCCGGUCAUCGAUCACCCAGAUGUCGACAAUGGCAACUGUAGGCUUCUCGGGCCUUUCGCCUUGAUCCUGCAGGGCCUCAUGGGAAUCAUGGUCAUGGGCACCCUCGUAUGGAAGCGACAGAGAGAGAAGCCUAGGAGACCAUGGAAGAUUUGGAUCCUGGACAUCACCAAGCAGAUGCUCGGCCAGCUCUUCGUCCACAUCCUCAACGUCGCCCUCUCCACCCUCGUCGCCCACGUAGGAGAAGAGAAUCCCUGCUCCCUCUACUUUCUCAACAUCCUCAUCGACACCACCCUGGGCGUCUUCAUCAUCUACCUCACACUCAGGCUCACCACACAUGUCCUCACAGAUGUCUGGGGAUUAAAGGGAUUCGUAUCGGGACGGUAUACGGACCGGUCUCCGAAGCGGGCUGGCAGGAGUAAGAAGGGAGGAAGACCAAAGGUGGCCUACUGGUUCAGGCAGCUGGGAAUGUACUUCUUCGCAUUAUUGGUGAUGAAGGUCAUCGUCACAAUACUCUUUGUUCUGUUCCCCUUCCUCUUCGCUCUUGGACGAUGGAUACUGAGUCUAUUCGGCGAAGCCAAGAAUAUCCAGGUUCUCUUUGUCAUGUGUCUGUUCCCACUAGCGAUGAACACCCUACAGUUCUGGCUAGUGGAUUCUUUCCUCCGUCACGAUCCUGUCAAGUCGAAAUACUCUGCGACGAGGAAUGGGCAAGAGGAGGACGAGGGGACGCAAAGCGCCAAUUCUUCUGGCAUUCCUGCAUGGGGUUGGAGCAGCAGCAACAACCCAAGCGGAGGUGGUGACUCGCCUUAUCAAGUGGGAGAAGAUGAUGAAAGUCACGAUCACCUCGUGGACGGGCUGAGUGAGGACGAGGAUGACGACGAAGACGUCGAGAAUGAUGAAGAGGGUCACAAGAGGCGGAACUCCGUCCGGAGAGACGUUCCGCAAGCACAAAGGCAACACCUGGGUCUCAAUGAGGAGCCUUCGAAAGCGAGGCUUCGAUCCGCUCCCAUGAGCAGGACAACAUCCCCCAGUGGGACUGGAAGCGAAACAGAGCAGCACGCCUACCCUCCUUCGGACGCAGCCUCCCUCAACGAGCGGGAUGCACCUGGCGGCAGCAGUACUCGGGCUAGCAGUCACAGUAGAGGUCCCAGUCGCGUCAAUUCCCCGGCAUCUGCGGGCAGCACUAGAGGUGGGAGAUGAUGAGUUGACACAGUUUGCGUCUGCGCAAGAACGUAAAUGAGACGACGGAGAAAGCGGGGCAAGACAAUCCAUCCAGCACUAUACAUGUAUCAUUCA